AUGGCUCUUCGAACUCUUAUCAGUAGAAGAACCGUUGCAUUAGGCUUAGGGUUUCAGAAUGCGGAGUCCAGAAUUCUAGGAUUAGGUUUUCGCCGUGCUCCGGAGUUGCAGACCUUCUUUCUUCUUGAUCUUCCUUACGACUACGGUGCUCUGGAACCCGCCAUAAGUGCAGAAAUUAUGAAGCUCCAUCACCAGAAACAACAUCAAACUUACAUAAUCAACUAUAAUAAGGCUCUUGAGCAGCACGAGGGAGAGAUGGGUGCCAUCAAGUUCAACGGUGGAGGCAGAACAUAUUACUUUUCGUUUUUGGAAAAGUACGAGCAGAAGAAAUAG